AUGCCCGCACGCGCCCGUCCUUCCCCGAGCACGGCCGCACGCCCCCUGGACCCCGCUCCCGGCCGCUGCCCGCGACGCCGCCACGACACGGCCGCCCGCACCGCGCACACCGACGCGGCGCACGCGCGCACGCUGCUGCUCCUGCCACGCCGCGUGCACGCGAGCGCGCGCCUCGCCGUGCCCACGUGCGCGCCGCGCACCGCUCGUCGCUGCGCCGCCCGCUGCCCGCUGCCCCGCUCGGCGCCGCUCGCGCGCACCCGCCGCGCCACCUCGCCCCUGCGCGCCACGACGCGGCCGCCUGACCGGCGCCCCGCCAUCACCGCCCCGCCGCACGUCGCGACGCCCGCCGCUGGCGCCUCGCCCCGGCCCCGCUCGCCCUGUGCCCGCGUGCAGCCGCCGCGCCGCGCGACGCCUAGCAGCAUUGCUGCCACAGAGCCGCCGCCUCGCCGCCCGCGCCAAGGCUAG